GGCACUUGCUCCCACCACUUCCACCAUCUCCGACACCUUCAACGGCCUUCCUACUUACACUAUUUGAAUUCAGACAUAGAAAUACAACUGUUUGAUAUACCUGAUUUGUGUACAGCACCAUCUCCAAAUCUACGUUCGCGAAGACCCACAUCUGCCUCCGAUAUCCGACACCAUGGCUCCUCAAAUUGCAUGGAUAGGCCUCGGCAACAUGGGAAGGGGCAUGUGCAGAAAUCUGGUAGAAAAGGGGGGCUUAGACAAGCCACUCAUCCUUUACAAUCGGACCAGGAAGCGGGCCGAUGAUCUUUCGGCUGAACUGGGCGCCGACAAGGCCAAAGCAGUGGCAUCUGUCGCGGAUGCAGUGAAGAAUGUUGACAUCAUAUUCAUGUGUCUGGGGAAAGAUGAUUCGGUCAAUCAAACAGUAGAUACCAUACUGGAGAACGACGUCACCGGAAAGCUGAUUGUCGAUUCAUCCACUAUCCACCCCGACACCUCCAACGACCUGGAAAAGCGAAUUACAGUCAAGGGCGCAGGAUUUGUGGCCAUGCCAGUUUUCGGCGCCCCCGCAAUGGCCGAUGCAGGGCAGUUGAUCUGUGUAUGCGCUGGCAUGGCCUCAUCCGUGGAGAAGGUCAAGCCAUAUACUAAAGGCGUCAUUGGUCGAGCCAUGGUAGACUUUUCUGACCAACCUGCCGGUAAAUCCAGUCUUCUGAAGAUCAUCGGCAAUACCUUCGUCCUCAACAUGGUAGAGGUUCUCUCGGAAGGUCAUGUUUUGGCGGAGAAAACCGGUCUCGGCAACGACAACCUCCAUCAAUUCAUCGAGACCAUGUUUCCAGGCCCUUACGCCGCGUAUUCGAACAGAAUGCUGGCUGGCGAUUAUUAUCAGAGAGAGGAGCCACUAUUCCAUAUUGACCUAGCUUUGAAAGAUAGUAACCACGCGAUUACACUGGCGGAAAGGAGCGAAUGCAGUGUGCCCGCGCUGCGCGCUGCGAGGGAGCAUCUGGAACAAGUGAAGGAUCACCUUGGCGACAAAGGAGACAUCCCAAGUAUUUACGGUGCAGUUCGCAAGGAGAGCGGCCUAAAGUUUGAGAAUAAGCACUAA